GCAGGGCAGGACAGGCCCACUUGCCACCCUCCACCCCUGAGCCCUGGGGGGGUGGGGGGGAGGGAAGAGAGAGAGCCAAGGAAGAAGAGGAGCAGUUCUUUUUCUUCUUCUGCCCCCCCCAUCCUCUUCCUCCUCCCUGCAGCCCCCCAGGAUUGGAAGGGGGAGCCCCAAAGCCUCCUAGCAACCCAGCCUGGGCUGCUGCUUGGUCCUGGCUGGAGACACUCACAGACUCACACACACACACACACACACACACACACACACACAUCUCUACUGGGAGACCCAGGAAAAGCCACUCCUCCCCACCCCCUUCCCUCUCCCCCCCCCUUUAUUACCCUUUGUGUCAUCCUCCACAGCUCCAGGGAUGAGGGACUCUGGAAGUGGGGAGCAGGAAAGUUUUAGAUGCUCAUCGAGACUUAUCCUUUCCUGGAUUGGUGAACUAGUUGCCGAGGAAUCCGUCGUUCCCGGGCCAGAGCUCUGAAAGUCGCUACUGAGGCAGCCCAGAAAGAAGAGAAGCUGUCUCAGUUACGUCUCCAGAGAAGGACAGGGGACUCUCCAAGCAUUUGAGGAUUGAUUUUUCUCUCAAAGUCCAGCGGACCUGGGAGCAUUUCAGCAGUAGCUUGCUCAAGGUGGCACGACUGGAGUUGAGAAGACAUGAGCGAAUCAGAACAGCCAACCUGCCACACCUUGGAUUCCGAUCGGAAGGUCAAGGGACAAUUGAAAGGAUGUGGUUUCUAAAGCGAGGACAUCCCAGUCUGAUGAACUCCACCCCCGAGCUGUAAAAAUGAGACUAGUUAUCCCGAUUCACGGCCUAUGUUGAAGAGUCUCCGAGCGUCAAGUCAUGCUGUUCACCUAGGAAUCGACCUCCCCGCCCCCUCCUCCCGCCCCCGCCCCCUUUUCCGACGAGCGCCGGUAGCGUCGGCGAACUAUGAUUUUCCUAAACUGGGAGCGCUCGUUCUUUCCCAUGUAGUCCGUCCUUCCGGACCCACGAGGAGUUAAAUACCGGCUGCCCCGAGGAGGGUCAUCAUGGGAAACUGACUCGUUCACCAUGGCAGACUUCACGGACUCGGUCCCGAACUGAGCCAGGAGCCUCCGGGUUUCCGAACGGGCCGUGUCGGCCGCGGCCACGAUGCCCCGUAGUCCGCGGACGCCGCCUUCCUGUUGAUCUCUCCGGACCGCCCCACACAGACGCAGAAAAUGAAUGGCGGAAAGGAGUGUGACGGCGGGGACAAGGACCGAAGUCCACCGGCCGUCCAAGUGCCAGUGGGCUGGCAGCGUCGGGUGGACCAGAAUGGCGUCCUUUACAUCAGUCCCAGCGGGUCUUUGUUGUCUUGCUUGGAGCAGGUUAAAACGUACCUGCUCACCGACGGAACCUGCAAGUGCGGCUUGGAGUGUCCUCUUAUUCUCCCGAAGGUGUUUAAUUUCGAUCCCGGAGCUGCAGUGAAACAAAGAACGGCAGAAGACGUCAAGGCGGAUGAAGAUGUCACCAAGCUGUGCAUUCACAAGAGGAAAAUCAUCGCCGUGGCCACCCUGCACAAGAGCAUGGAAGCCCCCCAUCCUUCCCUGAUGCUCACCAGCCCCGGAGGACUGACAAGUUCCGCCCCCGCGGUACCCUCCCGGGCGGCGACCCCGAGAUCGACGAGGGCCAAGUCGCACGAGGGGAUCCCCGCCUCGGCCCCGGCGGAGUGCAAGAACCUCUUCAAGGCCACGAUCGGGGGAGCCAACGGGCCGGGCCGGCUCUACGUCCAAGAGGCGCCGGGCGGCCAGCCGCAGGACGUCCACCCGGCCUUCCCCCGGCCGAGGCCGGGGAGCGGCGAGCACGGGCAGAGGUCGCCGUACCGCGGCGGCGGCCUGGGAGGGCUGCCCAGCCCCGCCUCUUCGGGCUCCCAGAUCUACGGCGACGGGUCCGUCUCCCCGAGGACCGACCCCCUCGGGAGCCCCGACGCCUUCGCCCGGACCAACCCCGGCUUCCACGGGCCCCCCAACUCCAGCCCCGUCCCCAUGAGCCGGACUCCCCUCUCCCCGCCGGCGGUCCUGUUCCACGGCUCUCCGGUCCAGUCCUCCUGCGCCGUGGCCGGCCGGACUAACGUGCCCCUCUCCCCGACCCUGACGGCCAAGAGCCCGGCGGCCAAGAAGGCGGCGUGCGGUUUCGCCGCCGGCGCGGAGCUCCCCCGGGCGACGUUCCACCACAAGCCGGGCCCCGGCCCGCCCCCGCCGCCGCCGCCCCCGCCCUGCGCCCUCCAGAAAAAGCCAUUAUCCUCCGAGAAGGAUCCGCUGGGCAUCCUGGACCCCAUCCCCAGCCGGCCGGCGCAUCAGAACCCCGUGCUCCUGCCCCCGGCCGCUUUCCACGCCAACGUCCACUCUCAGGUACCCGUGAUGAAUGUAAUCGUGCCCCCGGCCGUCGUCCCCCUGCCGAGCAACCUCCCCCUGCCGACGGUCAAGCCCGGCCACGUGAGCCAUGGGGGCCACCUCCCGAGAGUCCAGCACCCGGCGGGCGCCUCGCCGGCGCCGUCGCCCGUGACGUCCCCCGGGCACCCGCCGGGGGCCGCGCCGGGCCGGGUCGAGGCCUCGCCCCAGCGAUCGCGCUCGUCGUCCGCCUCGUCGGAUCACGGCAACUUCCUGCUGCCGCCGCCCCGCUCGCCCCGCUCCGCCCUGGGCUCCCCGAGGCCCUCGAUGCCCCCGAGCCCCUCGGCCAAAGCGGACGGGCUCCCGCACCACAAGGACGGCCCCAACCCGCCGCCGGCCGGGCCGGGCCCCGCCCCGGGCGCGCACCGGCUCUUCCCGCCGGGAGCGGGCGGGAACGCCGGCGGGAGCGGGAGCGGGCCCGGGCCGGGGAAGGCCCAGCCGGGCCUGCUGGGGAUGCCUCUGAACCACAUCUUCAACCAGCACAAUGCUGCCUCCUUCCCGGCGAGUAGUUUACUGUCAGCAGCAGCCAAAGCACAGCUAGCAAAUCAAAACAAACUGGCCGGCAACGGCAACGGCGGAGGCUCGGCGGGGGGCGGGGGCGGCGUCCCCCCCGACGGACACAGCACUUUACCCGGCACGUUCCCGCCGCCCCCGGGCGAGGCCCAGGCCCAGACCGGCCGCGCCGCCCUCCGGGACAAACUCAUGUCUCAGCAGAAGGACCCGCUCCGCAAGAGGAAGCCCCCCUCCGGCACGGUGCUCGGCCUGCUCCGCCAGGCCCACCUGGACGGCGGCGGGGGCGGCGGGGGGCCCCCCGGGCCCGCCCCGGGGCCCUUCCCCGUCAACUCCAUGUCUCAGCUGCUGCAGUCCAUGAGCUGGCAGGGCCCCCGCCCCGGCGGCUGGGCCGGCCCCGCCCCGCCUCCGCCCCGCCCGCCCGGCCAGCUGCAUUUCCCGGACGCCGGGGGCCACGGCCCGCCUCCUCCGCGCGGGGACGGGGCGCCCUGCCGCAACGUCGACGCCGGCCCGGGCCCCGGGAGCGGACUGUUACAUCGGCAGACGCUCCCAUCUCUAAACCACUCCAGAGGGCCGGCCCUGUCUCCCCUCUGGAAGCGUACAUCCGAACUGCCGACCAAGGUAGCGACGGCUCAGAAAUAUUUUUGCCAGCGGCCCCUCUCGGCCACCGCUCCUCACCGGCUGGAAAAUCCCCCCGAGCAGGAGGAACAGCUUUUCUUGGGGGUGGUUUCUCACAGCCUGGGUUUCCCCCCCAUCUCUAUUUUAGAGAUAGCGACUUCACUCCAUACUCGGAAAAUGGCCGGAUUUCCCGGGGAGUUUCAGCAGCCUUUCAGUGAAACGCGUGGCCGACACCCGUGGCUCGUGGCCAGGAGGACCGUGGGUCCCGGCUUUGAGGGCGUCCCGGGACUGUCGUCCUCCGUAGCCGUCGCCGGCACCAACCAACCCGCCAUCACCAAGACCACGUCCGUCCUCCAAGACGGCGUGAUCGUCACCACCGCCGCCGGAAACCCGGCCCCGGGCCAGCCGCCCCCGGGGAGCGCCUUCCCCUUCGGCGGCCCGGACCCGGCCCUCCGUUUCCCCCCGAACGGCGCCCCCGGCGCCGACCACAGCAACGGCCUCCCGCCCGCCCUGCCUCCCAACCUCCUCGCUUCCCUGCCCCUCCCUCUGCCGCUCGGCCAACAGCAUCCGCUCAACCAGAACCUGCUAAACAUCCUCCAGCCGCCCGGCGGCGAAGCCAAGUGCGAGGCCAACCUCAACCCCCUGGGUUUCCUCGCCCCGAACGUCAACGCGGCGUUGGCUCUCCUGGCGGGCGACGCGGACGGGCAGGGCUCGCAGGCCGUCCACUUCCAGCUCCUGGCGGCCCUGCUGCAGAACCAGGCCCAGGCAGCCGCUCUGCUGCCCCUGCCGUCUUUCAACCUGACCAUCUCGGACCUGCAGCAGCAGCAGCAGCAGCAGCAGCAGCAGAGCCACCCCCUGCCCCCGCUCACCCCGCCGGACUAUUUGCCGAGCAGCCGGGCCGACGGCCACAGGGCCGAGACCCUCUCGGCCAACCCCCUGGGGAACCCCUCGCCCGGCUUCCCGCCCGCCGACGCCGCCCCGGACCCCCUGCUCUUCCCGGCGGUCCCUGCGGCCUCGGGAUUGAUGGCCCUGAACCCCCAGCUGUUGGGGGGGGUCCUGAGCUCGGCCCUGGGCCACCCCGCCGGUCACCCGGAGUUCCCGGUGGCCACGUCCUCCCAGGCGACCGCCACCACGACCACUACGUCGUCGGCCGUGGCGGCCCUGACCGUGUCCACCCUCGGGGGGACGGCGGUGGUGUCGAUGGCGGAGACGCUGCUCAACGUCUCGAACAACGCCGGGGCCGCGCCUGGCCCGGCCAAGCUCGGCAGUAACUCGGUGGUCCCGCCGCUCUUCAACCCUCUCUUGGGGACGGGUCUGCUCGGUGACAUGGCGUCGAUAAACAGUUCUCUGAAUAACCAUCAGCUGACUCACCUGCAGUCCCUGUUAAACAACUCCCAGAUGUUUCCUCUGAAUCAACAGCAGCAGCAGCAGCAGCAGCAACUUCUCCGGGAAUCCCCGGGCCUCCCCACCUUUCCGGGGCCGGCCCCGAUCUCCGGCCCACCCAACAACCCAAACUCCAUGGCCUGUCUGUUUCAGAACUUUCAGGUGAGAAUGCAAGAAGACGUCGCCCUCCUCAGCAAAAGGAUGAGCGGUCACCCGAGGAUGACGCCGCUCCCGGCGAACGCCAACCCUCCGCUCCUUCCUUUCCAAGACCCGUCCUGCGGCCUGCAGCCGAGGCCCGAAGCCCCCCCGGGACCGCCGGCCAAGGAGGGCCCGGGCGGGGCCGGCCAGGGGGCCGCCGCGGUGGACGCCAUCUACAAGGCCGUCGUGGAGGCCGCGGGGCGAGGGGGACAGGCGGCGGUGGGCGGCGCCGCGCGGCUGAGCCCCGUCCCGGCCCUGAGCGCCAUGAGUGCCUUCACCGCCUCCGUGGGCGAGCCGGGCGGCCUGGCCGGCGCCGUCAACGCCGUCCUCCGCGGGAGGAACCCCCCCGGCGGGCCGGAUCCCGACGGCCGGCCGCGGACCGCCCGGGGGCCGCGCCCGCCCAGGGCCCCGGAGCCCGGGGAGGGGCCCGAGUACUUCCAGCCGGCGGGGGGCCCCGCGCCCCCGAAGCCGUGGGAAGGGGAGCCGAGCCCCGGGAGGGAGCUGGGCCGGUGGAAGGGGGAGGAGCCGGCGGACCGCCCGGCCCCCGGCCGCGGCAGCCCCGGCCACGAGCGGCCGAACCACCCGCCCCUCCCGCCGCCGCAGGGGGAGCCGCGCCAGGGGGUGGCCCAGCAGAGGAACUGUCACGGGGAGAAGGCGUCGGAAGAGAACUUCAGGUAUAACAGCUACAGACGAACUCUGCUGAGCUUCAAGGAGAGACUGGAGAACACUGUGGAAAGGUGCGCGCACAUGAACGGAAGCAGGCCCCAGCAGAGCCGGGGGUUCGGGGACCUGCUGAGCACUUCGAAGCCGGCCCCGGCCGCCGAGGAGCAAUCCCCCAGCUCCUCCAACAGCCUGGAGAGCUCCCUGGUCAAAGACUACAUCCACUUCAACGGCGACUUUAACACCAAGAGCAUUAACGGGUGCGUGCCCAGCCCCUCGGACGCCAAGAGCAUCAGCAGCGAGGAGGACCUGCGGAAUCCCGACUCCCCCUCUUCCAACGAGCUGAUCCGGUACAGGCCCAGGACGUUUAACGUCGGCGACUUGGUCUGGGGACAGAUCAAAGGACUGACUUCCUGGCCUGGCAAAUUAGCCAGGGAAGAAGAAGUUCACGGUUCCUGUCAACAGAACGCCGAGGAGGGGAAGGUGGAGCCCGAGAAGCUGAAGACACUAACGGAAGGUCUAGAAGCCUACAGCCGAGCCCGGAAGAGGAACAGAAAAAGCGGGAAGUUAAAUAACCAUUUAGAAGCUGCUAUUCACGAGGCCAUGAGCGAACUGGAUAAAAUGUCCGGGAACGUUCACCCGAUCCCACCGGGAGACAGACAGGUGAAGCCUCCAAAACCCAAGAGGAGGAAGAUCUCGAGAUAACAUUGAAUGUCUCUGUCGACGGUCCAGUAUUUAUCGACGAGAACGGGCCCGUGUAGAAUCUGUCCCCCGGGGUCGAUGGCGCUAGGUGUCCGUCCGGCGGGGGGCAGGUAGCGGCCCCCGCCCCCACCCCUCUCCCCCACCUCCAGCCGGGGGGCGGGGGGGCUCUAGACGAAACGGUGGUACAACAGAUGUUUCCUUUCCGGAUCCAGAAGGAGAACGAAUGCCGGAGUAGGCCGACGGAAACCCUCGCGAGGCGACGGUAACAGAGCGUCGAGCGACGGUCGAGAAACUCUUUUUCUAUAAUACUAAAAUUGUGAUUCGAAGAAAUAGUCCAAAUGUUUCUGAGGGAUUUUCAUUGUGUAUAUAGAUAAUACAGAAUUUCAUGGUGAUAUCUGAAAUGUAAAUAUUGUACAAUAUUGUCAUGUACAAGCGUACCUAAUGCACACUUUAUCUUUUAUUGUACAAAAAAAAAAAUAGUGUACAAAAUCCUUUGGUUUCUAUUGAGUACACAUACAAGAGAGUACCGGUGUAAAGUGAUAAAUAAAAAUGCAGCCUAAAUACUUUUAUAUGAUAAUGUAAAAGAUGCUGUUUUUGUAUUUAACAGCAGAGGAAAGGCAUGAUUAUGUAAUACCUUAAUUAUGACAUACACUUCACACCACUGA